CACUUACAAUACAAUAGAACCAUUCAAACGCCCAGAAGAAUGAGGACGAGUAUUCCCUGUCGAGGUGGAAGGGUUUCUUCUCGAAAUGCUGCCACACAGCGGCUUGCUGUCGCGCCAGCUGGUCGGAAUUGCCCGCGCGGCCGCACCGCAGUUCGCGUGCGGGCUGAGGCACCCCGUGAUGGAUCGCCCACUGCUUUGAAGGAGCCCCCGACCAAGGCCCCGGCGACGGCCCCUGCGCGCACGCCGCUGGCGCCGCCCAGCCCCGCGCCCGCGCCCGGUCCCCAGUACUUUCCCAAGCCCGGCGACCCGCAAUGGCCGCCCCAGCGCCCCUUUGCCGCCAUCGCGCUGGACAACCUCUUGGAUAGCGUGGUGGACGUGGGGCGCCAUCUGGGUCGCAUGAACGUGGAGGCAGACAAGCUGGCGAUGCGGCAGCAGGAGCAGCUGGUGCCGGGCGACAACGGGCGCAUGCGGCUGCGCGCCUCCACCAAGCCGGUGGUGCUGGUGCUGGGCAGCGGCUGGGGCGCGCACUCGCUGAUCAAGGUCAUUGACACGGACACGUACGACGUGGUGGUUGUGUCCCCCCGCAACCACUUCCUGUUCACGCCCAUGCUGCCCUCCACGGCGGUUGGCACGGUGGAGUUCCGCUCCCUGCUGGAGCCCAUCCGCACCUCCAACCCCUGCGUCACCUACCUGGAGGCCGAGUGCGACAGCCUGGACCCGCACACCAAGGUGGCGGUGUGCACGUCCUCCUUCGCCUACGACGACGGGCGGCGGCCGCAGUUCGAGAUCCAGUACGACAAGGCUGUGGUGGCGGUGGGCGAGCAGCCCGCCACCUUCGGCGUCAAGGGCGUCAAGGAGCACUGCUUUUUCAUGAAGGAGGUCAGCGACGCGGUGGCCCUGCGCAAGCGCAUCGCCGAGAAGUUCGAGCUGGCCAGCCUGCCCGGCACCAGCGAGGAGGACCGGAAGGCGGCGCUGCACUUUGUGGUGGUGGGCGGCGGCCCGACCGGCGUGGAGUUCGCAGGCACGCUGAGCGACUUCGUCCGUGAGGACCUGAAGAAGAAGUACCCGGCGCUCAUGAAGUACGUCAAGGUCACGCUGCUGCAGAGUGCGCAGCAGAUCCUGACCCAGUUCGACGCGGGCCUGGGCCAGCGCGCCACGGAGGCGCUGGAGAGCAGUGGCGUGGAGGUUCGCACCGGCGUGCGCGUGGUGGAGAUCACCAUCAACAAGGUGUUGCUCAAGGGUGGCGAGGAGCUGCCGUACGGCGUGUGCGUGUGGAGCGCCGGCAACGCGCCCCGGCCGCUGGUGACCCAGAUCGCCAGCCAGGUGGCGGAGCAGGCGGCCGCGGCCGAGGCCAUCAAGGCGCCGCCGAACGCCAAGCUGUGCGUGGACUCGUUCCUGCGUGUGGUGGGCGCCACCGACCUGAUGGCGCUGGGCGACUGCAGCCUGGUGCUGGGCAACAGGCUGCCAUCCACGGCGCAGGUGGCGGGCCAGCAGGGCGCCUACCUGGCCCACCUCAUCAACAGCCAGUACCAGCUAGGCGUGGGCGGCUACACGCAGCCGCCGCCCUUCCAGAUCGUCAAGCGCAACAAGCUGCAGGCUCUGCAGGCGGCUGCGGAGGAGAACGCGGUGUUGUCAUGGCUCACCACAGCCAUGAUGGGCGGCAAGACCCGCAUCCAGGCGUCCAAGGAGGUGGCGGACGCCAUGUUCCGCAUGGACGCGCCGCCCUGGGUGCGAGUGCACUCGGAGUCGCUCACAAAGGCCACGCCGCUGGAUAAGGAGGCCCCGCCCGGAGGCGCCAAGGCCGUGUGCGACAUCUCCGCGGUGAUGGCCGCCGCCGCCGCGGCCGGCGGCGCCGACCCCGUCGCGGUGGCCCGCGCCAGCGCUGACUGCCUGCGCUCGCUGGAGGAGGAGGAGCUCAAGGCGCGCGAGGGCGCCGAGGCGACCGAGGUGCGCUACUACGACCGGCCCUUUGAGUUCCUGUCGCUGGGCAUCAUGGCCUAUGUCGGCAACGACAAGGCUCUGACGCAGGUGGAGGCGUUCGACGUCAUCAAUCUCAAGCUGUACGGCAGCGUGGCGUUCCUGCUGUGGAAGUCCGUGUACAUCACCAAGCAGGUGUCGUUCCGCAACCGUGUGCUUAUCCUGUUCGACUGGAUGAAGACUCGCGUGUUCGGGCGCGACAUCUCGCUGUUCUAAUCUCGGAGCGCUGGAGCAGCUGUUCUAAUCGCGGAGCGCUGGAGCAGCUGUUCUAAUCGCGGAGCGCUGGAGCAGAAGCACCGGUCGUCGGCGGUGGUGGCCGCCGCGGCUGUACAGGGAUGCAGGGGAGCAGCGCGCAAGCAGCGGCGCUGCACGCAGCGCCCGAGUACACGCUGUGACAUUAGCGGUACAGAUGGCGACGGGGUCUGGCAUGCGAUGCCGUGCUUCCUGGGUCUUACCAUUUGAGGGGACCCCCGUCCCGGGGCAGAGUGUGUGGUGUUGCGGAGCUCUGCUCUGCUGUGUCCGCAGGCACGGCAGGCAGACGUGCAUUGGCAUUGGAGCGGAGCACGAGAAGUACAUCGUUGCACACCGUUGGGGGCAGGACCAAAGAAGAGUGAUGUGGGGUACAGAAUGCUUUUCUGCGGCAAUAAUUCUUUUACUGAAUCCAUGGGGUGUUUCUUAUUCUUAGCUCAAAGUCUGUACAUGUUGUGCACGUGCUGAAACCGCGUGUGCCGGUUGCGCGAGUCCUCUCAUCACCAAACUAAUAAGCUGCAAUAUUGCGGCGCGUUGUCCAGGUUCGCUGUUGUUUUGGCGCACAUGCAUGGCGGCGUAUCUUAUAUCUGUCGCCUGUGAGACGCAAGGCUCUGUCGUUCUGUAGGCUUACUUCUGGCAUUCAAUCGUGGGGAGGCAGCGCUUUGCCUACCAGUGCUGCAUGCUGAUGGCUGCUUGCCGAUGUCACCAUUGGCGCCGGCGGCGUGUCUGCUGCCAGUGUGAGCCUCAUACAUGGCGCUCCGCAUCACUAGAGCGCGAACCUAUCUAUACAUCUAUACCACGCGUGAUGUGGGGUGUGCAGCAGGCCUGGAGUUGAAGUAGAGCGUGAAAGCAAGUUUUGGGUCGUGUGGGUGAGAGGCCGGGUGCGUGGUGGUGCAACGCGGCGUGGUGUGCGUGCGUGAAGUUGAAGAGUGAGGUUUUGUAUAAACUUUUGUUGGCAAUUAACGCCUGGUCGCCAGCGGGGACACUACCACCUCGUGUAUUGCUAGCAAUGACGUAAGCGUGGUGGUGGGCUGGCCUGCCGCCUCCAUGCGCACGCAUGGGCGGCCGUUGCGGAGCCAGACAACAUGCACCUGCUGUGGCGCUCUUGUGUAAUAAUAUCGUGCU